AAAACAAAAAAAAAAAAAAAGAUCAUCUCGUUUUUCUUUCUCUCUUCCUCCCCGUUCUUCUUCCGCAACCUCCACUAGACAAGAACCAUGACAAACGAUAUCUCUGUAUUUGAUGCUGUGCCCCAAGCACCCGCAGACGUCAUUUUCAGUCUUACCGCUCAGUACAAAGCGGACACCGAUCCAAACAAGGUCAACGUCGGUGUUGGCGCUUUCCGCACCGAUGAUUUGAAGCCUUACGUAUUGCCUGUGGUCAAGAAGGCGGAUACUGUUCUUUUCAACGAUGCAAGUCUUGACCAUGAAUACCUGCCGAUUGCUGGCACUCCUUCAUACACACAAGCAGCUUCACGGCUGAUCCUGGGUCAGAACAGCCCGGCAAUCCGCGAGUCUCGUGUAGCAGCCGUCCAAACCAUAUCGGGCACCGGAGCCAAUCACACUGGCGCCACGUUCCUUGCCCAGUUUUACAAAAAGAGCCCAAAGUGUUACAUCUCGAAACCAACGUGGGCCAACCAUCGCAAUAUCUUCUCCAUGGUCGGCUUUGAAGUUGACGAGUACCCGUACUGGAAUGCAGAGAAGCGCGGAUUGGACUAUGAAGCCAUGCUGGACACAAUGCGCGCAGCUCCUGAAGGCAGCGUGUUUAUCUUGCACGCAUGCGCACACAACCCUACGGGUGUCGAUCCUACGCGCGAACAAUGGAAGGGCAUUGCACAGGUCAUGCGCGAGAAGAACCAUUUCCCCUUCUUUGACUGUGCCUACCAAGGCUUUGCCUCUGGUGACUUGGACAAGGACGCAUGGGCCGUGCGGUAUUUUGUGGAACAAGGCUUUGAGCUGUUCGUUGCCCAGUCCUUUGCCAAGAACUUUGGCCUGUAUGGCGAACGUGCUGGUAAUCUGACCAUUGUCACCAAGUCACCCGAAGAGGCCAAGCGCGUGUUCUCGCAGAUGGAAAAGUUACAACGAUCAGAAAUCUCCAAUCCUCCCGCCUAUGGCUCGCGUAUCGUGGAUAUUUGCUUGAAUGACCCGGCCUUGUAUGCAGAGUGGAAGGAAAAUCUUCAGUAUAUGUCGAAUCGCAUCAUUGAAAUGCGCAAGGCUCUGUUCGAUCGCUUGACCGCUUUGGGUACGCCCGGUACCUGGAACCAUAUCACUGACCAGAUUGGUAUGUUUUCAUUCACUGGUCUCAAUGCUACACAAGUCAAGUUGCUCAAGGAAAAGUACCAUAUCUACAUGACAGACAACGGCCGCAUUUCGAUGGCUGGUUUGUCUACGAAAAACGUUGACUACUUUGCCAAGGCCGUCGAUGAUGUUGUUCGCAAUGUCUAAACGGAAGAACGUUUGACUAUCUAUUCCCCGCCCCUACCCAACUUCAUCCCUUACAUUAACCAUUGAAAAAUCCCCAUCAAAUCAUUAUCUUCGUAAUAUAUUAUACUGUAUAAAGGGAAGAUCCAAAGGAAACAAAACAAGAAAUAAACAAACACAAUCAUACGCACGCAUCUUUACGCGU